AUGAAGAAGGGCGAAGGGAAAGCAAAGAGUCACGACUUUGAAUGUGGGGUGAAGGAGAAACCGUCAAAACCAUCCCUUUCAGAUGCAAAAAAAAAAAAUGAAACUGGUGAUGCUGCACAUGCUUUUGCGAAGGAGAAACCGUCAAAACCACCCCAGUCAGAUGCAAAAAUAUUUGAAAAUGGCGAUGUUGCAAAUAGUUUUUCAAAGGAGAAACCGUCAAAACCACCUCUGUCAGAGGCAAAAGUAUUUGAAAAUGGUGAUGCUGGAAACAGUUUUGCAAAGAAAAACUGUCAAAACCACCCCUGUCAGAUGCAAAUUUUUUUGAAAAUGGUGAUGCUGCAAGGAAAACCGUCAAAAUCACCUGUCAGGUCCAACAAAGAUCAUCAAUGGUGUUACGAAUAG